CUCACAUCACAUACCCAAGCAACCGCUGGUUUUCCAAUGAGUUUGUAAUGGUAGAAUACUCAUUAGGGCCAUGUCCUCGAACACCAUGACACCUCGGCUGCGUUCAUUUGUGUGUUCGCAAAGACGUUUGAAACUUCCAUGUCCGCCUGGCCAGGUAUCUUCUUGCCGUAACUUGACCUCAUCAUCUCAUUUGCGGGCUCCUUCUACAAAGCAAAACAAGUAUCUUCAAUUAACCAACCGGACCCUUAUCCGUCUCGCGGGCGUCGAUGCAGCCAACUUCCUUCAUAACAUCAUCCCCGCCAAAAUCCUAGGGACCGGUAGCACCAGGCCUAUCUACACUGCAUUCCUUUCGGCACAUGGCCGGAUCCUCAAUGACGUCUUCAUCUAUCCUCCAGCCGAGGCCAAUGGAGAAGAAUGGUACCUGGAAGUCGAUUCAGAAAGUGCAGGCGAGUUGCUGAAACAUCUUCGCAAGCACAAACUCCGAGCUAAAUUCAAGCUCGAGAAGGUGGACUCCCAGGAGACAGGAGUUUUUUUCGCCUGGCCUGGUUGUGUCAAGGACCUGCAAGUGGAUGGUCGUUUGAAUGAAGCAGGACGGACUGGUGGAACAGACCCGAGACCUGGAAUGGGUACCAGAUGGCUGGACGUGCCAGGGUCGAAAUCCGACUUCUUGACCCAAUUAAAGGACACAGGAUUCACCCAGACAAGCUUGCAAGAUUACACUGUGCAUCGAAUGACCCAUGGCUUUGCCGAAGGCCAGACGGAACUACCGACCGCCGGAUCAUUACCACAAGAAAGCAAUAUUGAUUUCUUCGGAGGAAUUGAUUUCUUCAAAGGUUGUUAUCUCGGCCAGGAACUCACCAUCCGAACCCAUCAUACCGGUGUAGUUCGCAAGAGGAUUCUGCCUGUUCAACUAUACCAGCCCAACUCAAAGCCGCCAACGGAUCAGGCUCUUCCUGAAUAUAUACCAAAUGAAGACCACUCGCUCCCGGUCCCGCCGCCCCAGUCCAACAUCUCCAAGCUCAAUGCGCGAGGUCGUGGCCGAAGCAGUGGGAAAUAUCUCUCCGGGGUGGGUAACAUCGGACUCGCGCUAUGCCGAUUGGAGAUGAUGACCGAUAUCCAACUCACAGCCGAGCGAACGAAUUAUGAUCCUGCUGGAGAAUACCAGGUUCAAUGGGAGAUCUCAGGAGGGGAGGAGGGGCACGAAGCUGAAAAGAGAGAAGUUUUCGUCCGGCCGUUCGUGCCCAAAUGGCUGCGAGAUGGUGUUGAGCAGAGUCUACGGCGGAAGGAGAAAAAGGCGAAACCUAAGCCGGUGAUGGAGGAGGAAGAGGAGGAAGGUGACGAGUAUGAAGAGGUGGAGGAGGAUGAUAAAUCCCCCCAGUCAGCUAUGCAUGUACGAUAAAUUGGAGACGAUAUAUACCAUACCACUUGUGUCAAACUACGAUGAAAC